AGAUGCGUAUAAUAUACGGUGAUGUAUCCUCCCAUUAUUGGGAAACUCCAUAUUCUCAACCCUAUUUUGACAACUCAUCGAGACGAGAAGUCACUUCCAUAGUGGGUCAAGCAGCAUUACUGCAAUGUAGAGUUAGAAAUUUAGGAGAUAGAGCGGUUUCCUGGAUACGCAAACGUGACUUGCACAUACUGACGGUGGGCAUAUUAACAUACACCAAUGAUCAACGAUUUCAAUCUUUGCACACCGAAGGUUCAGACGAAUGGACAUUGCGAAUAUCAUCGCCACAACCUCGAGAUUCCGGCACGUAUGAGUGUCAAGUGUCAACUGAACCAAAAAUAAGCCAAGGUUUCCGUUUGAAUGUUGUGGUGUCUCGAGCGAAAAUACUUGGUAAUCCUGAAUUGUUUAUCAAAAGUGGUAGUGAUAUUAAUUUAACAUGCCUUGCUAUGCAAUCACCCAUACCGCCUUCGUUUAUUUAUUGGUACAAAGGAAAACGUCUAAUGAACUAUUCUCAACGUGGCGGCAUCAACGUUAUAACGGAACGAACAACACGCACAAGUAAAUUAUUGAUUUCAAAGGCAACAUCAGCAGAUUCUGGGAAUUAUACAUGUUCACCCAGUAGUUCUGAUUCCGCAUCGGUCGUGGUACACGUUAUCAAUGGCGAACAUCCCGCAGCCAUGCAACAUGGCAACAAUAGUGCUUCAUCUCUGACACAAUCAAUUCGUAAAGUCAUGCGAUCAUUGUCGUAUGAUGGCCUGAUCUCGGCAUUGGUCAAUAUAUCAACCCUGCAUUAUAUACUCUCAUCCGUAGUUGAAUUAAUGAUGGCAACAAACUGUUGCCUAGUGUUAUUGGGCAUGACUAUAUCGCAGUGUUUUCUCGUGCAUAAUGGUCGACUGCCGCGCUGUGUUACCAGGUGACUGUAAUCAAGUGGGAAAUAUUCGGCAUUGGCCGAAUCUAAUGCAUUGCCCAACAACAUCAUUAACACUCACAAUAGCAACAAC